AUGGUGUUUCCUUAUGGCCUGUGUAUGAUUCUCCUAACAAGUGCAGACCUUUGUACUGGAUCUUUCAUGUUUACUACAGUGGCAGUGCUCCAUCGACGCUUGCCUUGGUCGAAAAUGUUGGUUCAUUGGGCUGUGACAUUCGUCGGCAACUUCGCUGGAUCUUUAUUUGUCGUGGCUAUCAUCUUCGGCUAUGGAAAUUCUUUUUCCGCAGAGCCAUUCAGGUCUGCUGUUAUUUCUUUUGCUACAAAAAAGCAGGUCACCCCAGAGUUCCACAUGAUACUCCUGCGUGGCAUUGGAUGUAACUGGCUAGUAUGUUUGGCUUGCUUUUUGGGUAUCCAAGGGCGUGAUCUGGCCUCCAAAGUUAUAGGAAUCUGGUUGCCCAUCUUCGCUUUUGUUUCCCUCGGCUUUGAUCAUGUUGUUGCAAACAUGACAUUCAUUCCAUUGGGUAUCUGGCUUGGAGCGCCAAAUAUUACAAUUGGCUUAUACAUAUGGAAAGGCAUCAUCCCGACCUUAUUAGGAAAUAUUAUCGGGGGAGGUAUAUUUUGUGGUCAGUAUCACUAUCCAUAUUCGUGCAUUGAGUGUCUCGGCUGA